AUGGACGCUGGCUACUUCCGCGGCGCCAGCUCAGAGCAGGAUGGCCGAUUUUCGGAUAAAGAAAAAAAGUUGUUGAAAACAAUGAAAUUCGAGCAGCAGCUAGAGAAAAAGAUCGACCUGACCCGCAUCAAUAUGGACGUCAUCAAGCCGUGGAUCACCGCUCGUGUGAAUGAGAUACUGGGAAUCGAGGAUGACGUUGUCGUGGAGUAUAUUCUAUCGCAGUUGGAUGAGAAGGAUAUUAAUCCUAAGUUGUUGCAGAUAAACGUCACCGGCUUCCUCAACGCACGCCGCGCUCGUGAAUUCGUCGGCGAGCUCUGGAGUCUGCUCAUCGAGGCCAACGAAUCGGAAGAUGGGAUUCCAGCGUCGCUAGUCAACAAAAAGAUGGCCGAAAUGAAGACCAGCGAUGAUAGAGACAGUAAAGAAGGUGUAAAGGAGGAUAACGACUGGACGAAUCGCUAUAAGACACUUAGCAACGGCAGAUAUACAGGACCAGCCAGAGAGAAGCAGGUCAGAGACGAUAGAAUCCCAGCGAGAGCGUUGAGUCCACGAAAGACGCCGCCACGAAGGAAUAUGAGUCCCGAAGGAGGACGUAGGGGUUCUCCAGGCUCUCCAAGAAGACGUGGAUCUCCGAGAAGGUCUCCUAGACGAGAUGACAGACGUAGAAGUCCACCUAGAAGACGUUCCCGAUCGCCACGUGGCGGUGAUCGUAGUAGACCGGCUCGUGAUGAGAAAGAGAGGGAAGAGGAGUCGAAACGACGAGAAAUCGAGAGAAAAAAGCGUCAUGAAGAGGCAGAGCUACGUCGGAAAGCCAUCGCUUCGCAGGCUAGACGCUCUAAAAGCCCACGUGGAUCUCCUAGAAGACGUUCCCCACGUGGCAGAUCUCCAGAAGCUAGAAGACGUCAAUCUGGAUCGCCUCCACGUGGAGCUAGAAAAGGAUCUCCGGAAGCUAAAAAACCUGGACGCUCGCCGUCUGGGUCGCCACGUGGACCGAGAAAGCUUUCUGGAAGUCCCAGAAGACGUGCAGCGUCUCCAGAAGCCAGAAAACCUAGACGAUCCCCGUCUGGAAGCCCUAAAAGACGCCAAGCGUUUCCAGCAGCCAGAAGACCUCCAUCUGGAUCGCCUCCACGUAGAAGAUCUCCUCCAGCAGCUAGCAAAUUCGGCCGUUCUCCACCAGAAUCCCCUAGAAGACGUCGUUCUGGUUCGCCAGCGGCCCGCAAACCUGGACGCUCUCCAUCUGGAUCGCCACGUGGGGCUAGAAAAGGUCGGUCGCCUUCCGGAUCACCUGGACGACGUCAGAAGUCUCCAGAAGUCGUCAGAAAACGCCCACCACCCCCACCGGCCAGAAGACGUUCUCCAUCGUCGUCUCCAGAUGCACGAAAGCCUAGAGGGCGUUCUCCAGCUCGACGUGGACGUUCGCCUUCUGAAUCACCUAGAAGAACUAGAAAAUCGUCAUCCAGAAGCCCCAGAAAAUUCGCAGAAAAGAAGAGUAGCCCGGUGCUUCCGGCUCAAUAUCGUCGUCGGAGCGGUUCUUCGUCUCCAGAUGCCAAACGACGUCGUCCAAACGAUAAUUCCGAUGACUCGACGGAUUCAGAAGCAGAGGAACGUCGUCGGAAGAGAGCGAAGAAGGAGAGGAAGGCGAGAAAGCAUAAGAAGAAAAAGCUCAUUUUUCGAAAAUUCCAGGAGAAGAAAUCCAAGAAGCAUCGUAGACGUCAUGCAAGCUCCACGUCGGGCUCCGGAAGCGAUUGA